UCCAUUCGUUGUCUUCGUUGUCCCCCGGCACCAGGCGCUUGUAGCCUAAUCGCCUUCAGACCAAUCGCCUUGACUAUUGGACUAAGCUACCACUACCAAACAAACCAUGUCCUUGGUCCAGCAUGUUUCUGCAAUCGAAGGAGCAGACCGCGAACCUGAACCUUACGACGACAGCACCAUCACCACUGCCGUAACCAGCGAGCAGCACUACGGUUCCAUUCGGCGCAAGAUCAGCUACGAUAUUUUCCCUCCACCGCAACCAGCGAUUGAGGAAGAACUGCACUCGGGGACCCCGGCCUAUAAAGUCCCCACCGCGAAGCGACUAGCCCAGGUCGCUGUCACUAUACUGGCAUGUUGGUUCGCUGCCGGAAUUGUCUUCGGUUUUGCAGCGCUCAAGCCGGUCUUGAUCGCAGAAGGAGUGUACAGGAAUCUGUGCACCGACGAGGAAUUGCGCGAUAAUGUCGAUGUGUGUUUGGAGCAGGAUCUCAAACUCAACUUUUUCUUCACUAUUAGUUCAAUCACAGCCAACGUGUCCGCCCUGCCAGUCGGAACCAUUCUGGAUCGCUAUGGGUCUCGCGUUUGUGGCUUUGCAGGGUGCGUGCUGCUGGCCAUCGGCUGCGCGUUGAUGGCAUAUUCAUUCUCAGAGCCGGGGUUCGACGGUUACAUCGCCGGGAACUUCUUCUUGGCUCUUGGAGGGACGUUCAUCUUUGUUCCCUCCUUUCAGAUCGCUAAUGCAUUUCCCAAGUAUGCAGGGACCAUUGUGGCCCUGGUCACAGGCGCAUUUGAUGCAUCUGCAGCUGUAUAUUUGUUUUACCGCCUUACAUAUGAGGCUACCGACCGGUCAUUUACACCCCAGGCGUUCUUUACCGGGUACCUUCUGGUGCCCGUGUUUAUCUUUAUAGCCCUUAUCACUAUUAUGCCGGCUCGCGACUACCAGAGCGCACAUCAGUUAGAGAUUAGAAUUGAGAAGGCGGAGGAUGCGACCCGUGACGUGCACGACUCGGAUGAUGAUAUCGAGAGCGACUCGGAGCUGCUGCGCAUCCGACGGGAGCGUGCCGAGCGCCGCUUAAAGAAGAUACACAAGAUUGACGAGGUGCUGGGAGAUCGCGACGAGCGGUUGCAGCGCGAGCACCACGAGGAAGAGCGCCAGGCGGCGAGUGCGGUCUGGGGAGCUCUGCACGGCCAGCCAGCUCACAAACAAAUGCUGACCCCGUGGUUCAUCCUGAUCACCCUGAUGACAGUCCUGCAAAUGCUGCGGAUGAAUUACUUCAUUGCGACCAUCUAUGCGCAAUAUGAGUACAUGUUGCAGUCCCCCGCGCUGGCGGCUCAGAUCAAUAGCUUCUUUGAUGUGGCUCUGCCGGUGGGUGGAGUCAUUUCUACACCUUUUAUCGGGAUGCUCCUCGAUAAUCUCAGCGUGCCCACCAUUCUUGGUGUGAUUGUCGUGCUCACCACCGUGAUUGGUGUGCUCAACUCCAUCCCAAUUCUGUGGACUGGCUAUGUGACCGUGACCCUGUUCGUGCUGCUACGGCCACUCUACUACUCGGCCAUGUCGGACUACGCCACUAAGGUCUUUGGGUUUGCCACCUUUGGGCGCGUCUAUGGAUCCAUUAUCUGCUUCUCGGGUCUGGUGAACUUCUCGCAGUACGGCCUCGAUGCCUUGACGCAUGGGUCGUUUGAUGGCAACCCCAUUCCAAUUAAUAUCUUCUUUGCGGGAGCAGGAUUUGUCGUGGGGACGGCCCUGGUGGCCUUCGUUUACAUGGCUGGGAGACACAUGAAGGAGGAGCGGCAGGAUAUGGAGGAGGAUGGCGAGCGGCAAUGGUUGAUUCCGGAGGAAAGCGAGGAGGAUGUGUAUGGGUCUACCCGAUAGCUUGCUGUGCCGAGGUUCGCAGCGAUCCAGAAAGGGCGCACAGAUGAAAAGUUACUGGAGACGAUUCAAGGCGCAUCGUGUGGGUUUGUGUAUGUGUGCAUAUGUCUGUGUAAGUGGGUUGUAGUUCUGUGGAUGAGGCGUUUUUGUGUUUCUGACAAGCGAGAUGACUAGCGAGAGCCACGGUUGAUCUGUCCAUAGCCUAGGUA